CCUCAGAUCCACAUUUCCUUCGUUUUAGAUCUAAAUAGGACGUUUAAUUGAAACGGCAACGUUUCUAAACGGCAUUUCUUCGAGAAGACACGCAACGGAUCACGGAGGAAAACAAAAAGUACUAAUGGCAUUAGAAGUACUCACCAAAAGACAUUACACCCACUGCCUGAAUGGAAUUCAACCUGGCAAAUGUCCAUGCGUCUUCUGUAGGGAGACUGGAAGAGUGAUGCAGACGUCAUUAACACAGCAGGUGGCGCCCCAGGUGCAACGGAUCCCACGGAUCACAGGCAAAGUUACCCACCCAACUUUCACACGUGUCAUUAUCAUGCAAUUACUCAGUUUCAUUAAACGGCACCUGAUGGCACACGUGCACGCGCGCUCAAUAUGAUGGGGCUUGAUUUGAUGGGGCACCAUAUUUGAAGGAGUUGACCGAAAACACGUGGACACGUUUGGACAGCAAUGUCCAUCCACUGGACCGUCGGAGCCGCUGGACGUCAGGACGCGCAAGAGUUCACGAGCUCUGCCCCACACAGGGGCGGAUGGAGCGCUCCUCUCUCUCUCUCUCUGUAUCUCUCUCUCUCUCUUGUUCUCUCUCUCGCUCGCUCGCUCCGUCUCCCUCUCUCUCCUACACGCACACUUUCCUAUGAUUUUCCAGUUGAAACCUUGGAAAUUACCAGUUCAGUGCCGAGACGAGCGUCAAACACCAAAAGCGGACGUAUACUUUUUAAAUUUAUAACAAUAUUUAAAAAAACAAAAACUAUUUUUUUUCUUCAGCAGUCCAGGAUGAAACAUUAAUGGUCUUUCUCAUGUUGGAGGCUUGCCAUUCACUCUGAAGGUGCAGGAUGAAAAAAUGGCACAACUGCUUGUACCGCCAGGUCCAGACAGCUUCCGCCGAUUCAGUCCCGAGUCCCUCAAAGCUAUCGAGGCACGGAUUGCUGAGGAGAAUGCCAAGAAACCCAAAGGCGAGAAGAAAAAGCGCAGCGAUGAAAAUGCGCCCAAGCCCAGCCGUGACCUGGAGGCAGGGAAAUCCCUCCCUCUCCUGUACGGGGACAUCCCCAAAGGCUUGGUGUCAACACCGCUGGAGGACCUGGACCCCUACUACAGCAAUCAGAAAACAUUUAUAGUAUUAAACAGAGGGAAGAACAUCGUCCGCUUCAAUGCUGCUCCUGCCUUGUACCUCCUGAGUCCUUUCAACCCUCUAAGAAGAUUGGCUAUCAUGAUUUUGGUGCAUUCGUUGUUCAACGUGGUGAUCAUGUGCACCAUCAUCACCAACUGUGUGUUCAUGACCCUUAGUAGACCACCAGACUGGGCGAAGAAUGUGGAAUACACGUUCACAGCCAUCUAUACCUCCGAGUUCCUCAUCAAAGUUUUAGCCCAAGGUUUCUGUAUCGGGAAGUUCACGUUUCUGAGAGAUCCCUGGAACUGGCUGGAUUUCUGCGUCAUUGUUAUGGCGUACGUCACAGAGUUUGUAAACCUCGGCAAUUUUUCAGCUCUCAGAACAUUCAGAGUGCUGAGAGCCUUCAAAGCCAUUUCAGUGAUUCCUGGUUUGAAGACCAUCGUGGGUGCGUUGUUCCAGUCAGUGAAGAAGCUCUCAGAUGUGAUGAUCCUCACCGUCUUCUGCCUCAGCGUCUUUGCCCUUAUAGGGCUACAGCUGUUUAUGGGCCAUUUGAAACAAAAAUGUAUCUGGAAUCCUCCGAACAUCACAGAGAACGGGACAGGUGGUGAGAAUGCCUUGAAUUUGACAGCGUUCUACCUCAACAAGAGUAAUUAUUAUUACCUUCCAGGGAAGAGAGAUCCACUGCUGUGUGGCAAUGGCAGUGAAGCUGGGCAGUGUCCGGAGGGUUUCACAUGCCGAAGGAUAGGAAGUAAUCCAGACUAUGGCUACACCAGUUUCGACUCAUUUGGUUGGGCCUUCCUUUCACUGUUUAGACUGAUGACACAGGACUAUUGGGAAAACCUUUACCAACAGACUUUACGUGCAGCCGGGAAGCCCUACAUGUUGUUCUUUGUGCUGGUGAUUUUCCUCGGUUCCUUCUACCUGAUCAACCUCAUCCUGGCCGUGGUAGCUAUGGCCUACGAGGAGCAGAGUCAGGCCACCAUCAUAGAGGCCAAGGAGAAGGAGGAGGAGUAUCAGGCCAUGCUGGAGCAAAUGAAGAGGCAGCAGGAGGAAGCCCAGGCAAUCGCAACUGCCGCCGCUUCUGACACUGGUGAAGUCAGCGAGAAAGCUGGUGGCACUGAGAGCUCCUCUGAAACCUCCAAGCUCAGCUCUAAAAGUGCUAAAGAGCGGCGCAACAGGCGGAAAAAAAGGAAGGAGGAGGAGGGCAAAGGAGCUGAUGAAGAACUCCCCAAGUCUGACUCUCAGGACAGCAUGAAGAAGGGUCGCUGCCGCUUCUCUAUGGAUGCCAACCUGCUCAACUACGACAUGGAAUGUUCGUCUGCACAUCAGUCCUUUCUGAGUGGACUGCCAUUCUCACCCAGGCGGAACAGCAGGACCAGCAUUUUCAGUUUUCGAAGCCAAACGCAGGACGUAGGCUCAGAGAAUGAGUUUGCUGACGAUGAGAACAGUAUUUUCGAGGAUCACUUGAAUCGCAGAGGUUCUGUAUUUCUUCCACGGACGUUUGUUCGGCGAAGCAGCAGCAUGAGCCAGUGCAGCUUCUUGUCUAAUUUCCUGUUUCAAGCUGGUGGACUCAAGCACAGUGCUGUAGACUGCAAUGGGGUGGUGUCUCUGGUGGGUGGGAAUUCUCUCCCGACGUCGCCUGUGGCGCUCCGACUGCCUAAAGUGACGGUGGAUACGGCCUCCGUCACAGACACUGCUGACACAACAGACACUGAGUACAGACCUGCCAGCGGAGCAGCAAACCAGGACUUUAUGGGCGUUGAUGGCCUGACGGUCAGGCAGAGAGCUCUUAGCACGGCUAGUGUCAUAACCAGUAUAGUUGAAGAACUUGAGGAGUCACAGCAAAAAUGCCCCCCCUGCUGGCACAAUUUUGCCACCAAGUUCCUCAUCUGGGAAUGUUGUCCUCUGUGGCUGAAGAUCAAGAAGUUGGUGAAACUUAUUGUGAUGGAUCCAUUUGUAGACCUCACUAUCACCAUCUGCAUCGUACUCAACACAUUGUUUAUGGCUAUGGAGCAUUAUCCAAUGACUAAUAGGUUCUAUCAAAUGCUGAAUUACGGCAAUUACGUUUUCACUGGAAUAUUCACUGCUGAAAUGGUCCUCAAACUCAUCGCACUGGAUCCAUACUAUUACUUUCAGGAAGGGUGGAGUAUUUUUGAUGGAAUCAUUGUCAGUUUAAGCUUGGUGGAGCUCUCCGUGGGCAUAAGUGUGCUGAGAUCAUUCCGAUUACUAAGAGUAUUCAAAUUGGGUGGAUCGUGGCCCACUCUCAACACACUAAUCAAAAUAAUUGGUAAUUCCGUUGGAGCUUUGGGCAACUUGACACUGGUACUGGCCAUCAUCGUCUUCAUCUUUGCUGUGGUGGGCAUGCAACUGUUUGGGAAAAACUACAAGGACUGUGUGUGUAAAAUCUCCGCCGACUGCACCCUGCCUCGAUGGCACAUGAGUGACUUCUUCCAUUCAUUCCUCAUUGUGUUCCGAGUGCUUUGUGGAGAAUGGAUAGAGACUAUGUGGGACUGUAUGGAGGUGUCUGGGAUGCCCAUGUGCAUCAUUGUCUACAUGAUGGUCAUGGUCAUUGGAAACCUAGUGGUGCUCAACCUCUUCCUGGCCUUGCUGCUGAGUUCCUUCAGUGCCGACAAUCUGGCAGCGACAGAGGACGACAGCGACAUGAACAACUUGCAGAUCGCCAUCGGACGGAUUCGCAGAGGUUUCGUAUUUGUCAAAUCCCUGCUUCGAAGCAGCUGCAACAGCAUCUGCCUCAGGGACCAGAAGAAAGGAGCUGCUGACGAGAAAUCACUGGAGGAUCUUCACAAACCAUUAGCAAAUGUUGUCACCAACCAUAACAUCAAAGACUUUUCCCGGAACGGCAACGGGGAGGUGACGGGAGUGGACAAAAGUGGAGACAAGUAUAUUGUAAACAGCAAGAGCGACGACUCUAUAAUGUCCUUCAUUAACAACCCCAGUCUCACCGUCACCGUUCCCAUCGCUGCCGGAGAGUCCGACUUUGAAAACCUCAACACGGAAGACUUCAGCAGUGCUUCGUCUGAUCCCGCUGGAUGCCAUUUGAAUUGUGAUGAAGAUGGUGAGUUCAGCUCCUCUGAGGGCAGCACGGUGGAUGGUCUGCCACCUGGCGAGGGUGGAGACUCUGUUGACUUUGAAUUUGAAGAAUCCAUGGAUCCUGACGGCUGCUUCCCUGACUGCUGUGUGAAAAAGUUCAGGUGUUGUCAAGUGAAUGUGGAGGUGGGCUGGUGGAAGGUGUGGUGGACCCUGAGGAGGACCUGUUUCCGGAUAGUGGAGCACACCUGGUUUGAGAGCUUCAUCAUCUUCAUGAUUCUGCUCAGCAGUGGAGCUCUGGCAUUUGAAGAUGUCUACAUUGAGAAGAAGAAGACGAUCAAAACCAUGUUGGAAUUUGCGGACAAGAUUUUCACCUACGUCUUCAUCCUUGAGAUGUUGCUGAAGUGGGUGGCGUACGGUUUUGCCAAAUACUUCACAAAUGCCUGGUGCUGGCUGGACUUCCUUAUCGUAGACGUGUCUCUGGUCAGUCUGGUAGCCAAUGCCAUUGGACUUUCUGAUCUUGGUGCCAUUAAGUCUCUGAGAACACUAAGGGCUUUAAGGCCCCUGAGGGCGCUGUCUCGAUUCGAGGGCAUGAGGGUUGUUGUCAAUGCCCUGCUGGGAGCCAUUCCUUCCAUCUUCAAUGUGCUGCUUGUGUGUCUCAUAUUUUGGCUCAUCUUCAGCAUCAUGGGCGUCAACUUAUUUGCGGGAAAAUACAGCUAUUGUGUCAAUCGCACCACAGGUGAACGCUACUCUCCGUCAGAGGUGAAAAACAAGACUAUGUGUUUGGGCAAAGACAACUCUCGCUGGAGGAGUGUCAAAAUCAACUUUGACAAUGUGGGGUUUGGUUAUGUCGCACUUUUACAAGUGGCUACAUUCAAGGGCUGGACGGAUAUAAUGUAUGCUGCUGUAGACGCAGCACCCGAGAAAGAUGAGCAACCUGAGUACGAGAACAACAUCUACAUGUACAUUUACUUUGUGAUCUUCAUUAUAUUUGGAGCCUUCUUCACAUUAAACCUCUUCAUUGGCGUCAUCAUCGACAACUUCAAUCAGCAGAAGAAGAAGUUUGGAGGUCAGGAUAUCUUCAUGACGGAGGAACAGAAGAAAUACUACAAUGCUAUGAAAAAGCUUGGCUCAAAGAAACCACAGAAGCCAAUUCCUAGACCAUCAAACAGGAUUCAAGGUUUCAUCUUCGACUUCACCACGAAACAGAGCUUUGACAUCAUAAUAAUGGUUCUUAUUUCGCUCAACAUGGUCGCCAUGAUGGUGGAAACGGAUGAAGAGUCACAUGAAAAGGAGAACAUUCUCUACUACAUUAAUGUGGUAUUUAUUGGCAUUUUCACUGGCGAGUGUUUGCUGAAGAUGAUUUCCCUUCGCCAUUACUUUUUCACCAACGGUUGGAAUAUAUUUGAUUUCAUCGUGGUCAUCCUCUCCAUUAUCGGUAUUAUUCUCUCUGAUGUCAUAGAGAAGUAUUUUGUCUCACCAACCUUGUUCAGAGUCAUCCGACUGGCUCGGAUCGGACGAGUCCUCCGCCUCAUAAAAAGCGCAAAGGGGAUUCGUACGCUUUUGUUUGCCCUGAUGAUGUCACUUCCGGCCUUGUUCAACAUUGGUUUGCUGCUCUUCUUGGUGAUGUUCAUUUAUGCCAUCUUUGGCAUGUCAAACUUUGCAUACGUCAAAAGGGAGGCAGGAAUCGACGACCUUUUUAACUUUGAGACUUUCGGCAACAGUAUGAUCUGCCUGUUCCAGAUCACCACCUCGGCAGGGUGGGACGGUCUGCUGUCCCCCAUUCUCAACAGACCGGACGAUGACUGCAACGCUAAAAAAGAGAACCCUGGCAGUUCUGUUGUGGGCGACUGUGGAAACCCUCAUGUGGGAAUUGCUUUCUUCGUCAGCUACAUCAUCAUCUGUUUCCUGAUCGUGGUGAACAUGUACAUCGCAGUCAUCCUGGAGAACUUUGGUGUGGCUACGGAGGAGAGUGCCGACCCACUGAGUGAGGAUGAUUUUGAGAUGUUUUAUGAAGUGUGGGAAAAGUUUGAUCCUCAUGCAACGCAGUUCAUGGAGUACAAUAAGCUGCCAGAUUUCGCAGAUGCCUUGAACCCGCCGUUACGCAUAGCCAAGCCUAACAAACUGGAACUGAUCUCCAUGGACUUACCCAUGGUGAACGGCGAGCGCAUUCACUGCCUGGAUAUUCUUUUUGCUUUCACAAAACGUGUUCUCGGUGAGGGUGGCGAGAUGGACAUCCUAAGGGCACAGAUGGAGGAACGCUUCAUGGCCUCCAAUCCUUCCAAAGUUUCCUACGAGCCAAUCACCACUACUCUUCGUCGGAAACAGGAGGACACGUCGGCAGUCGUCAUCCAGAGAGCAUUCAGGGAGUAUUUAAAGAACACCGUCGUCGGUAAACCCACGGACACAACCGCCGAUGACAUUCAGAAGGAUGAGACAGUCAUCAACAAGGAGGCUGUCAUCGCAGAUACGCUCCAGAAAAAUCCAAACGUGGGUAAAGCUGAGCUGGCAGCUUCAACUGCCUCUCAGCUAUCAGGUGACAGUACGACCACCGACGGACAAAACAAAUAUGAACAAGACAAGAGUGAAAAGGAGGUCGUGGAAAAAGACGUUCAAGACCAAGAGGAAUAAAACACGUCUUGGAGAUGGAAGAGAGGAAUUGUAACUAAUGACAAAAUGUUUACACGGUUUGAAAAGUGACCAGGCAAUCCUUUGAACACUCGACCUCAGGAUGGAUAUUAACACCAGUCUGACUGUGCUAACUUAAAGGUAACGGUGCCUACACUGAGAGGUUGCUCAUUCACGGCGCAGUGGGACCAAGACUGCAGCGUUCAAACGACUGUUUGUUGUGAUGGGCAACAAUUCUCAGAGUGUUCCAAAAGACAGAGUUAGUUUUUGCUUUGACUUGUACUGCAGCUAGUUCUGCUACCCAGUGUCUUGAAUCAUUGUCAUAUCACGCACUGUUGUGUUUCCUAAAUAACAGAUGUCGAUGUUAUUACUUUAGACUUGUAGCUUAUUUUAAGUGACUUUUUGAUACACAUUUUUUAAACUCUCCGAACCACCUUCACUUCCAAGGGAUGGUCUGAAAAACCACCGCGUCAGAGCUGACUGACUGUGGUCACUGACAACUCACGAGACAUGAAUGUUCUGCUUCACAAACCCAGGCAACAGUGUGAGAGUUUUUAAAUAUUAAUGCAGAUUUGCAUGAAUGUUUCUCUCUGAUUAUGCAUGUCGGUGUUUUGCUUUCCUCAGACUCAGUGAUGUGAGCUGCGGGACGUGUCCGAUUUUUACACAAAAUGCACUUUGGUUUACGUCUGUAAGGUCUUCAUAAAGUCCAACUAAUCCAUUCUGGAUUAGUUUGGUCUGACAUCGAUGCUUUGGAAACGCCAGAUACAUUAGAACCGAAGAAGCCUCUUGGAUGAGAGGUGGAACGCUCUUCAGGAAACAAAGUCAGUCCAAUAUAUUCUUCAGGUUUUUUAUAUUUAGACGACGACAAAGUUUUAUCUUGACAUUUUUCAACGGUGAGCUCCCCUCUUCCUCACUUUUGCUUGGUCUCUUUCUAGUUCUAUAGCCUCAAGUAUGUUUUGUUUUGGUUUCCAAAUGUAUUUUCUGUCACAGUACUUCGGUCAAGUUUAUGAAUGGUUUGAUCGUCCAAUCAUUGAUCUGAUAUCUCCCUCUAAUGGAGGGCACUGAUUUCCUACCUCUGUUACCUUUUGUCUUUUCUUUGUUGAAUUGGUUUCCUUGCUGAGAACUCAUCAUUGGAACAUGUCAGGGUAAAACGACACCAGGUUGUCUAAAUAUAGCAUAUAUAGAAUAUAUAUGGUCUGUCCCAGAACAGGACUGUACCUGAACCUAGUGGAACUGGUCCACAGUUGUCCAGUGUUAGGUCACAUAUUACUAAAGUGAGAGGUAGUGUAAGUGAAAUGACUAUAAGUUUGGAAAAAACGAAGGCAAAACGAAUCUAUGGUUCAGGGGUCCAUCUUUGGUAAAGAGGUGAAAAUGACCUUAUUAGCAAUGACAGUCGUUCUGGUACUAGAGCACAGACACAGGUUUAAACCUGUUUAAACCAUUUUGUUGUUGGCACACUGUUGUUAAUCUUAAUAUAUAUUACCUCACUUAUCUGAACCUCACUUACAGUUAUCUGAAAUAUUUUCAAAUUUGCAUCAUUGCAACACAGGUGUCCACUAGGGCAAAAUGGAUUUUUCUUUUUUUUUUAUUUUAUUUUAUGGCAGUGCUGUGAUAAUUAAAUUGGGAACAUAACAGCUGUUCUGGGAUCUGCUCUGUUCAUCCUGACAGAGAUCUGCUAAAUAUGUAGCAUUAGCAGUACAGCAAGUUAAAGGCAAAAUGUUACAUGUACUAGUUAUUCUACCCAAUUUUGUUUUGUCUACCCUUAUUUAGUUUUUGUAAAUUGUUUCUAUACAGUUUCCCUCCGAGUCUGAUCUAUCAUUAUGAAUAUCUACGAUGAAGGAAAAACGGCACAGAAACUCCUGGAUGAUUAUCUCAAAGAGACGACGUCCCACAUCAAAUGCCCCGGGCUGUUUCCUGGAUUCUGUUUACAUUUUGUGAGGGCGUCUGGGUGUGUUGGAUUCUGUCUUCUUCCCCCCUGAAACUGUGUCACCUCUACAUCUGUUCUUUCAGGUCUUACACUGUAUAGUUCCAUACAUGUCAGUAUAUUUUGCAUGGAGAUAAAACUUUCAGUACUAACGCCGUACUUUGCAUAUUGAAAGAAUGUUUUUCAUAGACCUUGUCAUCUGCUGUCACUCACAUACAGAAAUGCUUGUAGUGUAUAAACCAACUGCAUGCACAGCACCGCUGUAACCCAGUUCAAUGGAAAGCCAAAAAAAAAUAAAGAUUACAUUUACAGCAAGUGUGCGUUAAGUACUGAUGUAUUCAUUUAUAUUGCGGUAUGUGUUUUAAAUAUUGCUCCAGUGCUUUUGAAAUGGAUGUUUAAUAUAUAUCUAAAUAUAUAGUUGACACUCAACAAAGGCAUAGGUCAAAAUGCAAAUUUCAACAUGUUUUCUCUAGUUUUUUAGACUCUACACCAGUGGGUGUAGUGAGUGUACUGAGACUUAACUAAUACAUUUUCACACCUUUUUUUUAUUUCAUUUUAUUUGAAUGGCCAGCCCCCAAAUUCUGACCCUGAUCUACAUUUCAUUACUGAAUUGCUGUUUGAGUGACGCCAUGAGAAAUUCCAAAUAUUUCAUCUUUUUUUUUUUUGCUCAAAAUGUUGUCAUAUAUUAUUUUAUAAAAUGUAAACGACUUAAAGAACUCACCCCACCGAUAAUUAGGAGGCAUUAAGUGACAGCAUUUAUUGAUAUGAUCUCUAUGUCUGGUUCCAGUGCUGAUAGCUACAAACCACAAUCAGCAUUAGUGUCAUUUCAGAACCUGUAAAAUGUUGAAGCUAUCAGUGUCCAUUUCAUGUGCAAAAUGUAAUGAGCACUCAAACUGUUAAUGGCCUGACUUGUAUUGAUCUCCUGAAUCUCCUGGGAUAUUGAAAGCACUUAUGAAUACAUGACUUUAAGCAAAUAAUCUUGAGUGACGUGACAAAACACUUCACUUCACUGCACUGCAGUUUCCUUCCUGGCCAGAGCAAAACACUGACUUUUUUUAUUUUUUUUUAAUCCAACAUUUGCAAAGGAAUCUGGUGUCUGGCUUCUGACUGUGCUUUGUGGCUUCUGCCGGAAACUAUUAGCAUCUUAAGUGGGUGGAACAUUUUUUAUUAAUUAUUAACAGCCCAAAUAUUCAUUACAGUCCAGCAUUGCUUUUACCUAUUGUGACUGCGUAGUAAACAGAAUCCGGAAGACAAAGUGCUGAUCAUUUUUGGCCAUUCUGCCUCACAAUGAUGAUGUGAAUAUCAACUUGUGCCACACCCACUCUCACACUGUCAUUCCUACCGUU